UCGGCACUGACACCUGGCCCGAGGAGAUUCUCCGGACCCACAAGUCAGACAGUGGACACCCCCACGUACGUGUCUUGGAAGCGACCAGGCUCCCUUGCGCUCUACGGGUGGGACAGCAGCGGGGACACGUCGCCGGGGGCGCUGCCCUACCAAUCCCGGCGAGCUCGGUAGGUCUCCGGUGGGUCCAGGGCGUCAGCGAGCGGGCGCACGGCGAGGUGGGAUUUGAUUUUUCUCCCCGUUUGCGUGCCACGGCAGCCAUUGGCGCGGUGCUUCCCCAAUCGGGCCGCGGCCUUUCACGUGCCCCGCGCUGCCGCCAGCAGCCACGUGGUGGCGCUUAGCGCGGACUGGGGCGCGCGACACGUACGUGAACCGACGCGUGUCCCUCCGGCCUCCGCCUCCCCACGGCGCGGUAUUAAGGCGCCCCCUCCUCCCCAACCCCCUUGUCGCCGGCGUCCCGGUGGUGGUCGUCUCGUAUCUCAGUGCUAGCAGAACUGCAGAAGGAAGAGUGCUUGCUUGCUAGUCGUAGGCUCGUAGCUGCCUGCUGGGGUUGGUGGGUUUGGGGCGUGCGUUGGCGAGGGGGAUGGAGAGGAAGGGAGGGUGCUGCCUCGCGCCGAGGUACGGCGCCGCCGCGGCUGGGCAGCAGCAGGCUGGCGCGGCGUGGCAGAUGGGGAGGAUCAUGCUCAAGUUCAGGCCGAUUGCGCCCAAGCCGGCGGCCAUGGCGCCCGUGCCGACGCCGGCGCCGGUGCCGGCGGCGGGUGCGGGGACGGGGAGGGGGAAGCGGAAGGCCGUGGGCGGUGGUGGGAGGAGGGGGCGGAAGCCCAAGAGGGCGGCGACCGUCGCGCCUGUGGUUGCUGCUCCUGCUCCUGCGGUGGCAGGGCAGGCGGCGGCGGGGGACUGCAGGAAGGACAAGGACUGCGAGAAGGAGAAGUCGCUGUCGUCGCGGUCCUCGUCCUCGUCGGGGAUGACUUCCGUGGACUCGUCGCCGCCUCCGCCUCCGCAGCAGGCGCGGCAGCCGGCGACGCUGCCGCUGAUGCCCGUGUCGCUGGUGGAGGAGAAGCCCGCCGUUGCUGCUGCGACGGGGGAACCGGCGCCGGUGGCGUCUAUGGCGCCCGCGCCCGCCGCGGGAGCACAGCCGGUGCCUCCGCGGCCGGCGCUCGGUCCCGCUGCGGCGGCUUCCUCCUGGGUGACGGUGGAGGAGGUGACCGCGACGUGGCGCCACGGGGAGGAGGCGCCGUCCUCCGCGGCCGCCGAAGCUCCGGCGUUCGUUUCGGACCAGUGGGGCCGCGUGACGUGGACUAACGCCGCGUUCGCCCGGGCGGUGUCCGCGGACGGCGACGAGGAGGCGCGGGCCGUGGGGCUCGCCGGCGCGCUCCCGGCGUGGGGCAGCUGCGCGGGGUUCACGUGCCGGGUGCGCGUCGUCCGGCACGCGAGCAGCGACACCCCGCGCCGCGGCGGCGGCGGCGGCUCCUCCGUGGUGGCGCCCUGCGACGUGUGGCGGCUGGACGCCGGCGGCUGCUACCUCUGGCGGCUGGACCUGCAGGCGGCGCUCACCCUCGGCGGGCUCCCGUGAGCAGCAGCCACCACAGCCCGCCACAGCCAUCCGAACCGGAGUACGUGUCCCUCGUACGGAGGCGUAUUUUAUCUAGCAAAUCGAACCGUGGGUUUGUUUCCUGAUUCAACCCGGCGUAUUGCUAGCCUGGUCGGGCCCAAUUAAGCAUGUCGAGGCCAGAUUAGGUAUACUAAUUAUGGACUAUGAGUGAGUUGCAAGAACCUGCAAGUGUAAGAAGAAACCAAGCCAUGUGAUGGAUGCUUCUGGAUGUGCAAGCAGCAAGCUCCAGUGUUCAGCACAGGAGCCGUGCUCUUUUAUUUUAUUUUACAUCGUUUUGAUUCUUCCCCCAAAUGCAUGGAGGUUUUGAAUUUGA